AUGGAUCCAUGCCAAGGAAGUUCAUUAAGGAGGAGCUCCACUGGUGCUGGACGUGAUAACAAGCACAAGGAGGUUAUGCGCGAGCAAUCGGCUGUAGGCGCAAUGGCAGAAGCUCCUUCUUACUGCCUGUUCCCGGAGGAGACAGGGCGCAACAGUGGCAGCCUCCAACUCCAUGAGCUCUUCUCUGCGGAUCGCCAGCAGCCAAAGCCGCUGGAGAUCUAUUAG